AUGCACGGCCAGGAGUACGGAACGACAGCGGCAACCAUGCAGCAGCUCCUGCCAAACGGUGGCCCUGGGGAUCUGUACUCUUCUGGAGGCAACGAUCUACUGGACAAAUUUAACUGCAUCAGUCUGCAGGACUCAGGUGGUGCCGGCGGAGUUGCAGGAGGAUCCUUUGUCUACCCAAUGCGCCCAGACUCUGGAAUCCCCUCGCACCAGUCAAAUGAAGCUGUGCUCCAUAACCAAUGGCAUUUACCCAACAACAUAAACGUAGGCCUGAAGGUAGGUUGA